GGGCUUGCGCCUCCGGUGGCCAUCUUGGCGGCGCGGGUGCGCGGGGCGAGCUCUCGGCAGCAUCCACCUCGUCUUCUCGCAGCCGUAGUCUCACACCCCAGCCUCCCUAGCUUCCGCUUCACACUGCCAGGUAGUCACUUUCUCGGUCCCGCAGUUUACAGUCAUUGCACAAAAAUGAUGGAAGAGAGUGGAAUAGAGACAACACCACCUGGGACGCCUCCACCCAGUUCCACAGGGCUGGUUGCAGCUGCCGCACCGUCUCCCUCCCCAUCUCCUCUAGCUGCAACCAGUUCUUUCUCCUCUCCAAAUGUGUCCUCUGUGCAGUCCCUGCCGCCACACGCCUUCUCCACCCCUCAGCCGUCCCUUCCUUCCGUGCGGCCCGCAGUCCCCUUGCCACCCUUCGUGCCUCCUUCUCCGGUGCCUUCAGUUCCUCCCCUUGGUACCUCUGUCCCACCUCCUGUUUCUCCACCAACUGCUGCUGCCUUCAGUAGUCCUCCUUUAUCCCACUUCCCACCUUCGACAUCUGCCCCAAAUGCUCCCUCACCCGCACCCUCUGCGGGUCCUCCCACAUCAGGAUUCUCAGUCGGGUCAGCCUACGACAUCACAAGGGGACACGCAGGAAGAGCUCCCCAGACACCCCUGAUGCCCUCGUUUUCUGCGCCUCCGGUGACAGGUAUUUUGCCAGCUCCAAUUACUCAGCAAGCUGGUUUAACAUCUCUGGCACAGGGAGCUGGAACCACAUCAGCCAUUACUUUUCCAGAGGAACAAGAAGAUCCCAGAAUUGGUAGAAGUCAGGAUGAAGCAUCUGCUGGUGGCCUCUGGCUCUUUAUAAGAGGUGUGGCUGGGAACCCUAUGGUGAAAUCUGUGCUUGAUAAAACGAAGCAUUCGGUAGAAAGCAUGAUUACAACGCUGGACCCUGGCAUGGCUCCCUAUAUCAAAUCUGGAGGUGAACUGGAUAUUGUAGUGACUUCAAAUAAAGAAGUAAAAGUUGCUGCCAUCCGAGAUGCCUUCCAGGAGGUCUUUGGCCUGGCUGUAGUUAUAGGGGAAGCUGGACAGUCCAAUAUUGCCCCGCAACCAGUGGGCUAUGCAGCUGGAUUAAAAGGCGCCCAGGAACGGAUAGAUAGUUUGCGUCGAACUGGAGUGAUCCAUGACAAACAGACUGCCGUGUCAGUAGAAAACUUCAUUGCAGAGUUGCUUCCUGACAAAUGGUUUGACAUUGGCUGUCUGAUAGUUGAAGACCCUGUGCAUGGCAUUCAUCUAGAAGCAUUUACACAAGCCACACCAGUACCUUUGGAAUUUGUACAACAGGCUCAAAGUCUGACUCCCCAAGACUACAGUCUGAGGUGGUCAGGCCUUUUGGUGACAGUGGGCGAAGUCCUGGAGAAGAGUUUACUAAAUGUCAGCCGGACUGAUUGGCACGUGACUUUCACGGGCAUGUCUCGUCGGCAGAUGAUCUACAGCGCAGCCAAAGCUAUAGCGGGCAUGUAUAAACAGCGCCUGCCCCCGAGGGCCAUGUGAGAGGACUGAUCUGGGUACUGAGGCUGGCUCACCUGAGGUGCUGGUGGAGGAGAGAUGGGCCCUUCUUAAACCGGACAGCUUCAGUCAGUCUAACCAGCCUGAUGACUUUCUUGCAGGCUGCAGUUUUUCUUUCCUAGAAAGUCAUGGUGUCAUUCCAGUAGAUGAAAAGAAGCAGAUCCUUUUUAUGAUUAUAUAAUUACACGUACCAUAGUUCUCAAAAAAUUUAUAAAUAUUUUUAUAGGGUAAUUUAAUAUACCAAAUUUAUAAGGUGCAAAUUCAUGUGCUAAGAUAUUUAACGUAAUGAUAUGGACUUGAUUGUUUUGUUUUUAAGGAAUCGUUGACUAAAGAACAUGUUUACUAAAUAUUGUUUAAAAGCAUUGUUUCUUUUAACUCAUGAUUAAUAUCUUGCCUGUCAGUCUUUGAAGCUUUUUGUGUGUGCCCAUGAUCACAGGUCUGCCCCUGGGCAGUCUAAGACACCUACUAGCAUGGGAUGGUGCACUCUUCUCUGCAUCUUUUUAACAUGGGCUAGAAUGAUGGAGUUGAUCAUUUUGUUUUUGGUCAUCUUGUUAUACACCAAGUCUGAAAAUUUCUUUUUUUUUUUUUCUUUUUAAGAAAGUUUUAGCAUUGCACAUUCACACUCUAUGAUGAACAUUGAGGUAAUUCUUUAUUCAUUGCUGUAUGACAGCUAAGUGGCAAACCAUUCAAAUAUAUUUAAAUCAGAAGCACAUGCAUUAUUUUUGUAUGGUAAAGGUCAUAUACAGUGCUUUCAAGUAAGCUGACAAUAGCCAUUAUUUCUGCUAUGAUGCAUUUUCCCAACCAAAAUAGAGAAAUUUUGAGAGGGAAUUACUUUGUUGUUUAUAGGAUUGUAUGGGUCUUAAUUUACGGUUACUUAGUUUGCCUUAAACAGUGCUUUUGUAAUUGUGUGCCGUUCUGCCUUUACUUUUUAUGGAAGUUUUCAAAGAAACUAUUUUAUAGUCAAUCUGGUUUAUUUAAUCCGUUUUGUUUGUAUUUAAUGAAAGCUUCUUUUUCUCCCAAAUAAUAUAUUUUACCAUUUUUGAAUUUAUAUAAAUCAGAAAUAAAUAGUUCAUCAUACACUUCUGAACUCUUAAUAUGAAAGUUCAAAUAACUUUUUAAGAUAGUUUCUUACAUAAAUGUAAUUUAAUUUUUAUUUACUCUUCUGUACAACUCUUCAAUUGUAUAGCACACAGCACAAUCUUAGAAAAAAUUUGAAGGUGUUGCAGCUCUUUUCUUAUACUGUCAUUACAUGUCAUGUUUGCUUGGUAUUUAAAUAUUAUUUCAAGAACUUAUUUCAUUUCUGCUAUUUUUUUUUAACCCGAGAGUGAGGAGAAUGUGUUAAUUUUGCAUCUGUGUUAUGUGUUAAUUUCUAAGCACUGUAUAAUGAUUGUUUAGUGCAGUUCAGACUUCUGUGUCAUCAAAGGUAGUGGGAGAGAGAAGAGAGAUGUGGCCAGUUGCUAUAGCAUAAUAGGGACUGAAUACUUAUUUUUCUUCUUCAUUGGUAUUUAUGCAACAGUUCAUCUGUGUUUUCUCCAUCUUUCAUGAAUAAGAGAAGCCUGCCUUUCUCUACAUUUGUUUCUAUCCUUUAUUUUAAAAAGCUACCAUUUUCUGACAGUAUUUUAUCAUGGCAUUGGCCUGGUGCCACAUCACUGUUAGGAAUGAAGGAAUGUAUGCCCAUACUUAGUAUUUCUGCUCUUUUCCCUCCUACUAUAGGGAAAUUUUACUCAUCUUAAAAAAAUCAGUUUUAAUUUUUUUGCUUUACCAAGUCUCAAAUACCCAGUGGAUGUUUUUGAGGGUUGUUUUUACAGAGUCGUAUACAUCGAUAUCCCAUUAAAGGAUGAUCUUCCUGGAAUCUCCAAAUAGCAAAGGCAGAGUUAUUCUGUGGCUUGAUUGCAGAUAGCUUUCCUGCACUCCAUAAUUUGUUCUUUGCUGGUGGGUGAGGACCAGGGAAGGGCAGGUGGAAAAGAAAUACACAGUCUCCUUCUGGCCUCUUAUUCCUUUUUUGGCCCAGAAGCUAUCUUUGAGUGGUAUCAGUACAUGACUAACUCUACCUGCUUGACUUUCCUAGCCUUUUGUUUAUUUUUUCAUUCUUAGAGUUCCCUCUUGUACAAGGGGCAAGAAAAGUAACUCAUCGUCUCUCACACACACCAUGGCAGCCGUUAGCCAGGCAGUCUCUUCCUGUUGGUAUUUUGGCACAAGAGGUGCUGGUUAUUAUUCUAAGGCCAUGGCUCCCUUCACCAGUCAUCCAGCUGCCCCUGUUCUUUUCCUGCUUGUUUCCUUCUAACUCCCACACUAGCAUUUUUUAGAGAAAGUUGAGGUGGGAGCUAUUUGCUUUUUUGUCCCUCAAGCUUCUUGGGACAAACCUAUCUUGAACUUGGUUCUCUGCCACUACCUUUUUGGUCGUGUUCUUGUUUUGUUUUGUUUUUCUUUUGACGUGCUCCUAGAACUACUUACUGAAUAUGCUAAGCCUGUACACUUUUUGUUUUGGGUAAGUAGUACGAAAGAGAACAGGAAAAAAAUGGAGGAAGAGUCAUUUACUAUCAGCCUCUGCUGACAGGAGGUACUCAGAUCAGUCAGUCCAGUAUGAUCCUGUUAUUAAGCUCAUCAGGUAAGCCUGGGCCUCAGACUUCUGGCUUGAGGCAAUACCAGUAAUUUUGCCUCCUAAAUCUCUUAUUUUUACUUUCGCAUUCUUUGUUCUUCUUUCUCUCAAGGAUUAAUGACAUAGAAAAUUAAGAUGAAUGGAUAGAGAUAAAAUGAUAGUAUGAUGGUAAGUAUAAGUAGCUAUCAGGACAGAUCAAAUUGUGUUAUGUACAUCAAUUAGCAAUUAUGCAAAUUAGUAACAUACUCAGGGUCAACUAAAUUAGUUUAGGAUGUUGUUGAAUUUACAUUGUUACUUGGCUAGAAGAAAUUCUGAACAGGAAUUUGUGUUCUGUGAAAGCAAAUUGGUAAUAUUCUAUGUUCUGAAAGAUGUUGGGUUAUGCAUAAGUUAAGAAACCUGGAUUUUUACUCGUAGAAUAUGUUAUUCUUUUUAAAAUACUAUGCAGGAUGAUGUAUUGGAUAAAACCAGUUUUGUAUGUAUGUAAAUAUGUCAUGAAUAAAUAAUACCUUAUUUCCCAAAA